GCCAGCAAAAGCCCCGCCCCUCCUGGCACUUAUCGGGAGUAGCAAGCUACGGAUGCCGGAAGCAUGGUUGCCCCUGCAACUGUGUUUGGGCUGGUGCUGCCUUUAAUCCUGUGGGCGGACAGAAUUGCAGGUAUUGGUUUUCGCUUUGCUUCAUACAUUGAUAAUUAUAUGGUGCUGCAGAAGGAACCUGCUGGAGCAGUGAUCUGGGGCUUUGGUAUACCUGGAGCCACAGUGACAGUGUCCUUGUGCCAAGGUCAGGAAACCAUCAUGAAGAAAGUGACCAGUGUGAAAGCACCCUCUGACACCUGGAUGGUGGUACUGGAUCCUAUGAAGCCUGGUGGACCUUUUGAAGUGAUAGCACAACAGACUCUGGAGACAAUGAACUCUACCUUGAGAGUUCAUGAUGUAUUAUUUGGAGAUGUCUGGCUUUGCAGUGGGCAGAGUAACAUGCAGAUGACUGUUUUACAGAUAUUUAAUGCUACAAAGGAGCUGUCCAACACUGCUGCCUACCAGUCUGUCCGCAUCCUCUCUGUCUCUCUCACUGAGGCAGAGGAGGAGCUGGAGGAUCUAGACGCGGUUGACUUGCAGUGGUCGAAGCCCAGCGCAGAAAAUUUAGGCAAUGGAUACUUCACGUACAUGUCAGCAGUGUGCUGGCUCUUUGGGCGUUACCUGUAUGACACUCUGCAGUAUCCCAUUGGGCUGAUCUCCUCCAGCUGGGGUGGGACACCCAUUGAAGCCUGGUCAUCAGAAAGGUCACUGAAAGCCUGUGGAGUCCUUACAAAAGAGUCUGUUCUGUAUGAUUCUAUAUCCGGUCCCAGCGAGCACUCUGUUCUCUGGAAUGCCAUGAUCCAUCCACUACAGAAUAUGACUCUGAAAGGUGUGGUAUGGUACCAGGGGGAAGCCAAUAUACAUUACAAUAAGGACCUGUACAAUUGCACGUUCCCUGCCCUCAUUGAAGACUGGCGUCAGACCUUCCACUGUGGCUCCCAGGGACAGACAGAGCGUUUCUUUCCCUUUGGAUUUGUCCAGCCACCACAGGGUUCCAAGAGAAUAAAACCAAGGCCUCUAGAAGCAGACUCAGAAGCUGUACAGGAUUUCUUCUGCAAUCUGUUGUUAUCUUCAGAUUUGUCUACAGACAGCACAGAUGAUGGAUUUCCUCAGAUCCGUUGGCAUCAAACAGCAGAUUUUGGCUUCGUACCUAACCCAAAGAUGCCUAAUACUUUCAUGGCUGUAGCUAUGGAUCUCUGUGACAGGGACUCGCCUUUUGGCAGCAUCCAUCCCAGGGAUAAACAGACUGUAGCUUAUCGGCUGCAUUUGGGAGCCCGUGCUGUGGCUUAUGGUGAGAAGAAUUUGAUCUUUCAAGGACCACUGCCUGAGAAGAUAGAACUCUUAGCUCACAAGGGUCUGCUCAAUGUUACGUAUUACCAGAAAAUCCAGGUGCAGAGGCAGGACAAGAAGAUAUUUGAGAUCUCAUGUUGCAGUGACCAUCAAUGCAAGUGGCUUCCAGCUCCCAUGAACACUUUCUCCACCCAGAUCCUGACCUUGAGUAUCAAUUCUUGUCUUGGGACUGUGGCUGCUGUUCGCUAUGGCUGGAGCACAUGGCCUUGUGAAUAUAAACAGUGUCCCCUCUACCACCCCAGCAGUGGCCUCCCAGCUCCUCCUUUCACUGCUUUCAUUACAGACUAGGCUCCUGGACUGCCAAAUGACAGCUCCAGUAUGGUCAGAUCUUAGAUUAAAUGAUGACAACUGUUGCUUUUAAAGGAAAUUUAUAGAACGCCUCACUGAACAGCUGCCAGCUAGCACUUGGCUAUAUAUUCUGAGAUAACUGGGGCUGGCAGGCAACCUGAAAUACUUGCCUUUGUCCCCUUUUUAGUCUAAGCCUUGACACUGGACUAAUUCUGAACUACAGCCAAAUUGGAUCAAGAUAUCAUACCCUGGGCCGGGGAUUUAGCUCAGUGGUUUCGUCGCCUGCUGUGCAAGCGCAAGGACUCGAGUUCAAUCCCCGGUACCAAAAAAAAAAAAAAAAAAAGAUAUCAUACCCUACCCUAUUAUUGAGAAUGAGGUGUCACUUUUGGCCCUUUUCCUCCAGAAUUAUGGAAUGUCAGGGUUAGCAGGUUUUAAAGGCCAUAGAGGCUGACUAGUGCUUCCCGUGUCCUUUGCAAAUUCUUUGACAAGUGGUUAUUGAAUCCCGUAACAAGUUCCCAUUCUAAACUUUCCAAGUUUUUCUUCACAUGGAACUGAAAUCUCUCAUGAAAUUUUACUACAUGAGUCUUUCAGAUAAUUAAAGACAAACUUAUUUGUAUUUUCUUUAAACCCAAAACAAUUCUAUUCCUUCAGUCUAAAUAAUGACUGUUUAAAAGAAACCACCAGACCCAUGCAAGCAUAUUGGGAGGGGGUAAGAAUCUGUCGUAAGGAAUGAAAGAGAAAGGGCCAGGAUAGUAGUCCCAAGAAGGCACUCAGGUGGCAGUAACUGAGGGAUGGUGGGGUUGGAUCACAGGUUUAGGAAAAUAUGACAGUAGAGGUAACUAAGGCAAAGUGUCAUUAGAGUUAAAUGUAAGUUUUAGGCCCUUUCGAGGCAAAAAAACUUCAAGAUGAUCCACACAGAAGGAAAAAAAGGCUGAAAGUAAAGCUACAUGAUAAGCUUAUAAAAAAGUGCAGAUGAAACAUGUGAAAGGCUUUUACCCAUAUUAAGAAUCAUACUAGUUGAUUAAAAAUAGCUGAUGACCA